AUGAAUCGAGACUGCUCCCUCGUGAAUGCUUUCUGUUUGGUGUUUGCCAUUUUCGUUUCAUGCAUUCUUUUCGACCCCAACUUAUCUUCCGCAUCUCCAGUGGUGUCCCCGAGUUCUAAGGAGCCGCAGACAUGCGACACGGUUGGCCGUUCAAGGGGCACGGCAGCACAGCUCGAAUUGUCUCUUUCUUCCGAAGAAGCAAGCGUUUCGUUCAAGUGUAGUUCGAGUCAGAAUGCAACUCUUGAGCCAGUUCUCGAAAAUAAGCAAGCUUAUAAAGAUGAAAAUUGCAAGAGCGCUGUAGCCCUGUCGACGUUGUUUCCUGAUUCUGAUGCCCAGCUAACGGAACAAGGAGAUGAGUCAAACAAAAAAACAUACACCUUUGCAGUCCAAAAGACGGCACGCAAGCAGACAAAAACGCUGUAUUAUAAAUGUACCCUAGAUGCGCCGGAUCUCGUACAACUUAACGUUAACUCACAACCUGCAGCUGGAAAAAGUGUGUGUAAGGUCAAAAUCACCGUUGAAAAGGUCGAACAAACAGAGCUUCCCCCCGAAUCCAAUGACCAGCAACAACCGCAGUCUGCUCCCGAAUCCACUGACGAGCAACAAACAGACCUCGUCGAAUGUUCCAGUACUGACAGUACCAAGGAGGCAGGUGUCUCCGCAGAAGCUCCGCUCUCAUUCAAAUGCGGAACGGGAAUGUCCCUGCACCCGACAAAUUUGACAGACGUGUUUGAUGACCAGGACGGGAAGUGCGCCGCUGAGGUUGCCCUGCAGACUCUCGUUGACGCCACAUUAACAAAAACUGACGCUGAAGCCACACAUAACGAACAACCAGUGUACCAGCUUGCUGUGAAGACGGCCCCUUCUGAAGACACUGCCCUUUGCUACAAGUGCGUACCUUCAUCGUCCAGCGACACAAAAAGAGAGAUACAGUCGGGUGGAGAAUCUAGUGCAAAAGAAUGCCUUCUGAAAAUAUCUGUGAAGGGAAGCGCAUCGUCAGCGUUUUCGUCGACAUGGGGACUUCCCCAGGGAGCCCUCGUGUUCUUUGGGGCAGCACAAAUGAUGCUCAACAUGUCAUAG